AAAAGUUGUAAAUAAAGAAGAGUAAAGUAGAGAAACAAGCAAGUACCUCAUCAUAGAAAGAAAACAAAACAGAGGAAAAAACAGAGGAAAAAACAGAGCAUAGAGAGAAAAAAAGAAAGAAAGAAAGAAAGAAAGAAAUAGGUACUGAGUAAGUGAUAAUAAGAAAAAACAAACAAAUAAAUCAAACUAGAUCCCACCGAUUCUCUAGUCAGAAAGAAGAUUAGGUGGUGGUAAUGGCGAAGAUUUCAAUAUCAAUCUUAGUAAUCAUAACUUGUCUUCAUCUUAUUGCUUUUGUAUUUGCUAUUGGUGCUGAACAGAGAAGAAGCACUGGGAAAGUAGUACCAGAUCAGUAUGAUGAAACAACGUUUUGUGUUUACACUACAGAUGCAUCUACAGUGUAUGGGCUAACGGCGUUUGGUUUACUACUUCUCAGCCAAGGGAUUGUUAACGGCGUUACAAGAUGCCUUUGUUUUGGUAGAGGAUUAAUGGAUGGUACUGCUUCAAAGACGUUCUCCGUCAUCUUCUUUGUCAUUUCCUGGGUAGGAUUUUUGGGAGCGGAAGCAUGCUUGUUGGCGGGGUCGGCGAGGAAUGCCUACCACACCAAGUACCGAACACGGUUUGAAUUUUCAAACUUAUUAUCUUGUGCAAGUCUUCGCAAGGGUGUAUUCGCAGCUGGUGCUGCAUUGACUUUAAUAUCAAUGGUUGGCUCCAUUAUGUAUUACUGGUCUCACACAAAGGCUGAUACUGGUGGAUGGCAGAAACACACGAACGAAGGCCUGGGAAUGACUUCCCAAGAGGACCAUAAACAAGAUCAAAGAAUUUGAUUUAAGAUGAGCAGGGAGGGGGGCUUUUGUUUUUCAUAUCUGUUUGCUAUAUUUUGAUUACUAGGGUUUGAUUCUGGCUUGUAUUUAUUGUGAAUGUGGAUUGUCUGGUUAAGCAUAAGAAUGAAGUGCAGCUAGGUUACAACUUUUUAUCGUCUUUAUGUGUCAGUAUUUGCUAGUGAUCUAAUCUAACUCUGAAGAAUCA